ACAUAGACCCAAUAUAAAUUGAUUCGGGGUUCGAUCUACCACUUUAGUUACCGCUUCGAGGUUACUACCAGGAAAACUCUUCCAGAAAUGUUUCUUUCCUUAAUUAUAGCAGCUCUGAUCCUGAUCCUGGCCUGGGACUUUUUUCGCAAACUCCAACGGUCUGCCAUUCUUAAGAGGUCAAAUAUCACGGGACCACCUACAAUCCCGCUACUGGGCAAUGUUCUGCAGGCUUUAAAUUUGGGCCCUGAUAGUUACCUCCACGUUUUUGGCGACAAUUUCAAUAAAUAUGGCAAAACCUUUCGAGUCUGGAUACUGGACGAGUGCAUGAUUUACACCAAGGAUCUCAAGUACUUUGAGGCUAUUCUUAGCAGUAGCACCCUGUUGGAAAAGGCUGAGCUCUACCGAUUUGUGCGUGAGUUCCUUGGCGAUGGACUCCUUUUAAGCACGGGAAGCAAAUGGGCUUCUCGGAGAAAGGUUCUCAUCCCAGCAUUUCACUAUAAAUACCUCGAGAGCUUUGUGGAGAUAAUGGAUCGAAACAGUGGAAUUCUGGUGGAGAAACUGAGAAAGGUUGCUGACGAGAACGCACCCGUGGACCUCUCCAAAUAUGUUUACUUGGCAGCUCUUGAUGUGAUUACAGAGGCCGCCAUGGGGGUCCGAGUGAACGCCCAGAAUGACCCCAAAUGCGCCUACAGUAAGGCGGUCAAAAGUGUGGCCUCUAUCGAGUCGAACCGCAUGUCAAGUGUUACGCAGCGCUAUAACUGGCUUUUUCCGCUGGCGGCCCCUUUUGUUUAUCGGCGAUUGCAAAGAGAUUUACGUAUUAUGAAAGACUUUACAAACAAGGUCAUUCGCGAAAGGAGAGCGAUUCUAGAGCGGUCAAAGGCCGAUGGUAGCUACCAACCGCUGAGUCUGGAAGAUGAUGAUAUCGGUCGCAAAUCUAAGAUGACCCUACUGGACAUCCUGCUGCAAGCCACUAUUGAUAAUAAGCCCCUAACCGAUGUGGAUAUUCGCGAGGAGGUUGAAACUUUCAUACUGGCGGGAGAUGACACCACCACCAGUGUGGUGUCCCAUGCCUUACAGGUCAUUUCAAGGCAUCCAAAAGAGCAGGAGUGCAUAUACGAGGAGCUACUGGCUGUCCUGGGUCAAGAUCCCAACACUCCAGUGACCCAAUCCCAAUUACUAGAUCUGAAAUAUCUCGACUGCGUGAUCAAGGAGACAAUGCGUUUGCAUCCACCAGUUCCCAUACUCGGAAGAUACAUCCCCGAGGACUUGCAGGUUGGGGAUAAAACCAUUCCCGGCAAUACAAGCGUUGUAUUAAUACCGUACUAUGUCUAUCGAGAUCCGGAGUACUUUCCUGAACCUCUAACUUUUAAGCCGGAACGAUGGAUGAAUGGUAAAGAGGCUUCUCUUGCUAGCUUUGCCUACAUUCCAUUUAGUUCAGGACCCAAGAACUGCAUAGGAAAAAAGUUCGCCAACCUGGAAAUGAAAACGUUCAUUAGUAAGGUCAUACGACAUUUCGAACUACUUCCGCUUGGUGAGGAACUCAAGGCUACAUAUACAUUUGUAUUGAGUUCCUCGUCGGGAACUAAUGUGGGUCUAAGGCCAAGAAAAACGAUUAAAUAAAAAGGAUUUAUUUAUUUUAGAUUACUUAGUAGAUCUAGUAAAAAAUGGAAUUCUUAUCGAUUCACGGGCAUAAUAGCGUGAAAUUUAUAAUACAAAUAAUGAUCGGAUAUAUACAGGUUCUUUA